AUGGCGGGCAGCCCAAAUGCACCACAGCUGGGCCUCCAGCCAUCAACUAUACGCGACCACGCGAUCCAACUUGAAGCAGACAUACGCGCCUUGAAGGAAUACCAAGUCAAUCCAAAUAUGAUUAAACCACUACUCGAAAGCUUUAUCAGCUAUCUGCAGAAGACACAGGACCUUCCAACCACAAGCGAACUGACCGCUGCAGUCCAUGCGACGGCACGCGCUCAGCAAAUUCUCAGCAAAGACAUCACGGAAAUCAAGAACUUCCUCGCAGCUCCGGCCAGGAAAUCAACUAUCCCUAGCUAUGCACAAGUACUGAAGGACCCCUACAUAGUAAAGCCCACCAUGCAGACACGCCCAUCGAUGGGUCACCAGGAAAUCCUAGUCAAACUGAAUCCCACAGACGUAGAAAGACAGGCUCAACGCGCAACAGCAGAAGAAAUCAAGCAAAAGAUAAAUAAUGCAUUAGCGAAUCACAAGGACCCCGAUUUAAAGAAAACGCAAAUUUUAGCGGUGAAAUGA